AGGACGUGUCCAGCUUCCCCACCGGGGGCGGCUCCCUCUGCCUCCGAGCCGCGCGGCCGACCUUCGGUGAUCACGGGCAGACCGCGUCAGGCUUCCAGAGACUCACUGCCUUCCAGAGACGAUGGGUGUCGCUAGACCGGGCUGGAACCCUGCCAGCCCCCAGCGCGCAGUUUAAGAGAAGGGCACUCUUUCAGCCUGACAUCCCUGCCUGUCAUGGCCACGCUUGGCUGCUACCCACUUGCCUGGGGACACAGGACCCCCCGCCCCCGCCCUGAGGGGCUCAGCCCGGCCUUUUGGCUGCAUUCCACGAGGGCCUUCGGGGCACCAGGCCCCUUGCCGAGCAAGAGCAACUGAUGCCGUGGGAGAAGCUCCUGCCACCUGUCUACCCACCUGGCGCUGUCCGCUCUGAGACCUGCGCACUGGGUCCCACUGCAGGCGCCACGCCUGUGACCCUCUCCCCUGCACUCCGACACCGAGAAGGCCCUGCCCACCCCCAACUAUGUGUGAGGUGAUGCCCACGAUCAACGAGGGGGACCCUCUGGGCCCCCCCCACGGCGCCGAUGCCGACGCCAACUUUGAGCAGCUGAUGGUGAACAUGCUGGAUGAGCGGGAGAAGUUGCUGGAGUCCCUCCGGGAGAGUCAGGAGAGCUUGGCGGCCACGCAGAGCCGGCUCCAGGACGCCCUGCACGAGCGCGACCAGCUGCAGCGCCAUCUGAGCUCCGCCCUCCCCCAGCUGCUUCUGGAGCACCUGGAGUGCCUGGUGUCCCGCCAUGAGCGGUCGCUGCGGAUGACGGUGGUGAAGCGCCAGGCCCAGUCCCCUUCCGGGGUCUCCAGCGAGGUGGAGGUGCUGAAGGCCCUUAAGUCUCUGUUUGAGCACCACAAGGCCCUGGAUGAGAAGGUGCGAGAGCGGCUCCGGGCUGCACUGGAGCGAGUGACCACCUUAGAGGAGCAGCUGGCAGGCGCCCACCAGCAGGUGUCCGCCCUGCAGCAGGGGGCAGGGGCUCGGGAUGGAGUGCCAGAAGAAGAGGGGGCCGUGGAGCUGGGACCGAAGCGCCUAUGGAAGGUGGGUAAUGAGUUUCACAGCAAGGGGCUCAUAGUCCCUGAGACAGGAGAUGGGGGCCUCAGUUCAGUAGUGCUGAGGUGGAGGCGAGGUAGGGGGAGAAGGGAGGAGUUUCAGCACCGCUUCUGGAACUACUUCUGCACCCCCUUCUCCCAGUGCGAGGAGAAAGCCCGGCACCUGCAGGAGCUGCUGGAGGUGGCCGAGCAGAAGCUGCAGCAGACCUUGCGCAAGGCAGAGACACUGCCGGAGGUGGAGGCUGAGCUCGCCCAGAGGAUCGCAGCCCUCACCAAGAAUACGCUGAUUCAGGAGUUGGAGAGCUCCCAGCGGCAGAUUGAGGAGCAGCAUCACCACAAGGGCCGCCUGUCUGAAGAAAUUGAGAAGCUGCGCCAAGAGGUGGACCAGCUGAAGGGUCGAGGGGGGUCAUUUGUGGAUGGCGUCCACUCCAGGUCGCACAUGGGCAGCGCAGUGGACGUUCGGUUCUCCAUGACCACAGCCACCCACACACCCCCCAGUUUGCAUCGCCGCUACUCAGCCCUGCGGGAGGAGCCUGCCAAGCUGCGACAGCUGUGCCCCCCUUGCCCCAGCCUCCUGGUGGGCAAGAGGAUGAUCCAGGAGGAGAAGGAGUCCGCGGAGCUCCGCGCCGAGGAGAUUGAGACACGCGUGACCAGCGGCAGCAUGGAGGCCCUAAACCUGACGCAGCUGCGCAAGCGCGGCUCCAUCCCUACCUCGCUGACGGCCCUGUCCUUGGCCAGCGCAUCCCCUCCACUCAGCGGCCGCUCCACGCCGAAGCUCACCUCCCGAAGUGCUGCCCAGGACCUGGACCGAAUGGGCGUCAUGACCCUGCCCAGUGACUUAAGAAAGCACAGGAGGAAGCUGCUGUCGCCAGUGUCUCGGGAAGAGAACCGAGAGGAUAAAGCCACCAUAAAAUGUGAGACUUCUCCUCCUUCCUCACCCAGGACGCUGCGGCUCGAGAAGCUUGGUCACCCAGCCCUGAGCCAGGAGGAAGGCAAGAGCUCCUUGGAGGAUCAGGGCAGUAACCCCAGCAGCAGCAACAGCAGCCAGGACUCCUUACACAAGGGUGCCAAGCGCAAGGGCAUCAAAUCAUCCAUCGGCCGUCUGUUCGGCAAGAAGGAGAAGGGCAGGCUGGUCCAGCUGAGUCGGGAUGGAGCCACGGGCCAUGUUCUCCUCACGGACCCCGAGCUCAAUCUGCAGGAGACCAUGGUGCCUGCCAAGCUGGGGACCCAGGCCGAGAAGGACCGGCGAUUGAAGAAGAAACACCAGCUGCUUGAAGAUGCCCGCAGAAAAGGAAUGCCCUUUGCCCAGUGGGAUGGCCCAACUGUGGUUUCCUGGCUGGAGGUAAGCCUGGCAGAGAGUGUCCUCUCUCGGGCACAGCGGGAGGGAAGGGAGACUACUCAGGCUGAAGGUGGCAUCCCUAGCACUCUCCAACCAAGUGCACUUGUACCCUAUCUAGCCUCGGGCCACGCCUUUGGAAGGCUUCAGCGGAAGGGGGCUCUGUCCUUGUGUUGGGGCCCCAGCCUGGUGGGAGUUCCAGAUCUAGCUAGAUGUCUCCUCUGCUUCCAGUCUUCCGGGAACGUCUGGGUCACUCAUGAAGAGAUGGAAACUCUAGCCACAUCCACCAAAACAGACAGCGAGGAGGGCAGCUGGGCUCAGACCCUGGCCUAUGGGGACAUGAACCACGAGUGGAUCGGCAACGAGUGGCUGCCGAGCCUGGGGCUCCCGCAGUACCGCAGCUACUUCAUGGAGUGCCUGGUAGAUGCCCGCAUGCUGGACCACCUCACCAAGAAGGACCUGCGGGUGCACCUGAAGAUGGUGGACAGCUUCCACCGCACCAGUCUUCAGUACGGCAUCAUGUGUCUGAAGAGGCUGAACUAUGACCGCAAGGAGCUGGAGAAGAGGCGGGAGGAGAGCCAGCACGAGAUCAGGGAUGUGCUGGUCUGGACUAACGACCAGGUGGUUCACUGGGUCCAGUCCAUCGGGCUGCGGGACUAUGCGGGGAACCUGCACGAGAGUGGUGUGCACGGUGCCCUGCUGGCCCUCGACGAGAACUUCGACCACAACACGCUGGCGCUGGUCCUCCAGAUCCCCACACAGAACACUCAGGCACGCCAAGUGCUGGAGCGAGAGUUCAACAACCUCUUGGCCUUGGGCACAGACCGGAAGCUGGAUGAAGGGGACGACAAGGUGUUCCGCCGCGCGCCCUCCUGGAGGAAACGGUUCCGGCCGCGGGACCACCAUGGUGGCAUGCUCAGCGCCUCGGCCGAGACCCUCCCCGCCGGCUUCCGCGUGUCCACGCUGGGGCCCCUGCAGCCGCCGCCGCCGCCGCCA